GUUACAUUACAUUUAAUCUAUUUAAAUAAAUCUCCACGCUUCACUUCAAUGCAAACUCACUUUUCAAAACUAGCCGUUAUUCAACAUCAUCUUCCACUCUCAAACACUGUCUAUGGCUACCUCAAUCGACACACCUUCUCCUCCUCUUUCUCUUCCUCGUAUGAAACAGGAUGAUGAUACAAACGUUGUUAAUUCUUCUUCCCCGCAAUUCAGUCCUUCUUCUGAUAAACGAUUCUGGAGCACUCUUCGUAGUAGAAUGGAUUCACUUCUCGAUAAUCCUCAACCCAAAUUUUCAGAUUCACAUCAUGCAUCUACCUCUACACAUCACAUCCAUUUGAAUGAAAGAGGGAACAGAUUGAGGGAAGAUUCUUUGUUACUGAUACGAGGGUUUGAUUCGGUUUCUCAUACACUAUCUCUUUUGUCUAGUAAUUUGGAUAAUGCAUUACAGAGUACCAGAGAAUUGGGAAAACCACCCACGUUAACUGAUAUGUUCCAAAGCAAAAUUGUUGAGUCUGAAAAGAAUGAAGAGAAAGAGAAAGAGGAGUCGAAGAAAGGAGUGAAAAGGAAAAUUGAUGAAUUCUAUGAAGAAAAUGUUGCAGAGACACAAACAGAAAAUGGACAGAAAUUGCAUGAUAAGCAUAUCAAGAAAGCAAAAAAUCUUGCAGUUUCAAUGGCUAGCAAAGCAAGCUCACUUGCAAGGGAGUUGAAGGGUCUUAAGUCAGAUUUAUGUUUUAUGCAAGAGAGAUGUGGUUUGCUUGAAGAAGAGAACCGAAGGCUGCGUGAUGGAUUUGCGAAAGGAGUUAGGCCUGAGGAAGAUGAUCUGGUGAGGCUUCAGCUGGAAGCACUUCUUGGUGAGAAGGCAAGACUUGCAAAUGAGAAUGCAAAUCUGAUGAGAGAAAACCAAUGCCUUCACCAGCUGGUGGAGUAUCAUCAGCAUACAUCAGAAGAUCUCUCUGAGUCCUAUGAGCAAGUCAUUCAAGGAAUGUGCUUGGACUUCUCGUCUCCUCCACGGACAAUUGCUGAAGAAGAAGAUGAUGAUGGUGAUGAUGAAGACAGUGUGUAGUAAACCAUCUCUGCAAGUUCUCUCUGCUUAACUUGAUGAACCUUUAAACCAGAAUUGUAAGCAUCAUCGUGAUUUCCACUGAAAUGAUGCUGCUGCAAAUAUUCUUUGUAUUACAGCAGAAAAUAAUGAUCUAUGUAAUCUUCCUAAUAUGGACUAAUCUUUGUUAACAUAA